AUGUCGAAGAAUAGGAUAGCUCCGUUAAAAAAGUUGUCCCUCCCUAGGUUGGAAUUGAUGGGGGCUGUAAUUGCAGCUAGGUUAGGAAAAUAUUUAUUGAAAAUGUUUCAGGAUUUGGUAGGUAGGUUAGUUCUGUGGACGGACUCCGAAAUUUGCUUGUGGUGGAUAAAGGGGUCAGCGCGUGAGUGGAAACAGUUCGUGUCGAAUAGAGUUGCAGAAAUACAAGACUGUACCUCGCCUGAUAAGUGGAAAUAUUGUCCAGGGUCGGAAAACCCAGCAGAUAAAUUAACUCGUGGUGAAACAGCAAAUGCAUUGGUGAAAGAUAAUAACUGGUGGCAUGGUCCAUCAUGGUUGAAAGAUUCUGAAGAUCAAUGGCCUGAGCAGAAGUUUAAAGUAGAAACUGAUACUCAAAAUUUGGAACGUUUAAGCACUUAUGUUCAGGUGACUAUUCCAGAAGAAGAAAAUGCGUUAGACAUUACCAAAUUCAGCAGUCUCGAAAAAUUGUUGAGAGUUACAGCUUGGGUAAAGCGGUUUGUCGCCAAGCUAAGAAAACGUGUCUGUGAAGAAGGUCCUCUUACUGUAUUGGAGAUCCAAGAAGCUGAGGAGUACUGGAUAAAACAAGUACAGAGAGCGAAUUACUUUUCGGAUAUUCAACAACUAGAGAGGAAUAAUCUAAUAACACCAGAUUCUAAGCUUUACAGUUUAGCACCAUAUCUGGACAGUAGAGGUAUUUUGCGUGUCAGAGAUCGUUUGGAACAAGCAGAAUUAAUAGAUGACGAAAAACAUCCCAUUAUUCUGCCCAAAACGAAGUUCACCGAACUAGUGAUAUUUAGUGAACACAUAAAAGUAUUCCAUUCAGGAGUCAUGGCAACAUUGUCCAAGGUCAGGAAUAAAUUUUGGAUACCUAAAGGAAGACAAGUAGUAAAGAAAGUUAUUAACACUUGCCUGGUAUGUAAAAAGUUCGCAGUGAAGCCCGCCAAACAGUUAACGGCAAGAAGAGGGAGCUGCAAAGUGAUUUAUUCAGAUAAUGCCAAGAAUUUCCGCAGCACAUGUGAAAUAAUUAAAGGAUUUAAAAGAAUCAAAGCAGAUCCAAGUGUGAGUGAUUUCUUGACAUCCAAAGAGAUAACAUGGAAAUUUAUACCUGAGCGUUCCCCAUGGUGGGGAGGGUUCUGGGAGCGUUUGAUGAGAAGCAUCAAGGAACCUCUGAAGAAAAUCUUAGGGAGAGCAUUACUGACUUUCGAAGAGCUCUCUACAAUAUUAACUGAACUCGAGUGUGUGCUAAAUAAUAGACCUCUAACAUAUGAGAGCAACGAGCUGGGUGAACCUCGCCCGCUCACACCUUCACAGUUUUUAUUGCCAGGACGUGGUACAUUUAACUUUCCCGAGCAUUUCUUGGAAAUUUUUAACAAGGUAUCCGACAAAGAGACUUUAACCAGAAGGAAGCUUUACCAAUCUAAGCUCUUAAAAUUAACAUGGAUCAAGUGGAAAGAGCAAUAUUUACUCCAUCUUAGAAAUGCGCAUAACUUUGCUAAUCCUAAAACUGAGCGGGACAUUAAGACUGGAGACAUUGUGUUGGUAGAAGGACCAAAACAAUCCAAACUACUUUGGGACAUGGGUGUAAUUGAAAACGUGAUUAUAGGAAGAGAUGGACAUGUUCGAGCGUGCCUUGUUCGCACGCUCAAAGGACAAUUCAGAAGAUCGAUCCAGAUGUUAUACCCUUUCGAGAUUUAA